AUAAAAGUCUCAAUUUAACGAUACACAAACGAAAGUCUUUCAGAAUUUCAAAAUUUGUGUAUUUCGAUGGGCGCCGCCAUUUUUAUUUCUUCAACUCUCGUUCAAACGACAGUUGCUUUAUUUGAAAUAUAUCAAGAUACAAGCUGAUCCAUACACAUUUAUCACUUUUUUAUGCAACAAAAAUUUGAAUUCAAGAAUAAUAUAUCAAUGUAAUGAUUUAUCAUUACAUUUUAUGCAUUGAAAUAUUUCACCUGGAGAUUGGUCUUGGAGAUUUCAUUUUGGAUUUUGACGAACCAAAACAUACUCUGAAAUUACUACUGAAAAACCUGGAUUUCUGAGGAAAACGGAGGGUUUCGCCCACAGAAAGAGGGUCCAACAUCAACCAUAGGUAAUGCCCAGCAGAAAGGGAAACAUGGCGCAAGAUUACUAUGAGCUGUUGGGGAUACCCAAGACUGCAUCAGAUGCAGAUAUUAAAAAAGCUUACAGAAAACUAGCUCUUAAGUGGCAUCCUGAUAAAAAUCCAAACAACAAGGAGGGUGCAGAGAAAAAAUUCAAAGAAGUUGCUGAAGCAUAUGAAGUUUUAUCAGACAAAAAGAAAAGGGACAUUUAUGAUAGAUACGGCAAAGAUGGCUUAAGCAAUGAAGGCAGGAGUUCUACUCAGGACUUCAACUUUGGAAACUUUGGACAUGAUUUUGGAAGUCACCAAGGAUUCCAUAGUUUCCACUUCAGAGAUCCCUUCGAUGUUUUCAAAGAGUUUUUCGGUGGACGCGAUCCUUUUGAAGAUAUGUUUGGCAGAGGCUCAGGUCGCAGUGAUUCAAUGUUCCAGGAUUCUUUUCCAGGGUUUCCUGGGUUUCAAGGUGGUUUUCAUCACAAUGCAUUCUUCAACUCUGGGGAUCCAUUCGCCUCACACCAGCAGGGUAGCGGUCGCCAAAGAACCAGACAGCAGCCUCAACAGCAACAACAGCAGAAUCGGCAACGUAUAACGGGACCUGGAUUUGGGUUUAAUUCAUUCUUCAGUAACCAAGACCCAUUUGGAAAUUUUGGGAGUCAAACUUCUUUCUCAAGUUCCACGUUCAGUGGGCCAGCAAUGGGGGGAAGCUUUAGAUCUUCUUCAACAUCAACAAAAAUAGUUAAUGGCAAAAAAGUUGUCACAAAAAAAGUGGUAGAAAAUGGGAUAGAGACAGUUACAGUAGAAGAGGAUGGACAAAUGACAUUAAAGACAGUCAAUGGGGAACCACAAGCCAUUGAAUAUAGACAUUAACAUAUAUUAAUAACAUACAUAUAUACAGUACAUCACAUAUACAUUGGGAACACUCUACAGUACAGUAACACAUGUCUACUAGGAAUCAUAUAAGAUGUAUACUUACCGGUGGAACAUAGAGAAAUUAUAAGUGCUACAACUGAAAUGACAAACUGGAAUAGAACAAAGUGUAAAUGAAACUCAGAAUGGAAAAUUUAAAAGUGAGAAUGAAAAUUGUCAAAUAUGAACUCAAAGACCGGGAAACUGAAACAGUGGUUAAAGGGUCAUAUUCAGGAUAUAAAUUUGCACAUUCCAUUCUUGCCUGGGAGGUUAUUUCCUUAUAUGCUCAUUUUCAGCCUGGAUAUGACCCUUUAAAUCAAAGCUCUUUGGAUAAUAUUAAAUAGAGUUACUGCUGUAAACAGUCGUGUAAUAACUUCACUGGUUACAGUAUCACAUGUAUUUGUUUUAAUGUUGCAUUGCCAGACUUGUAUUGCACACAUAUAACAUUUAAUAUGUUACUAUUAAGUCAAAAUAGUUUUACUUUUUACAUUUUUAUUGCCAACCCCAAAAUUUAUACUAAAAAUUUAGUAUUACACUUUCUUGAUUUCUUUCAAAAAUGAAUGCACAUUACACCUUGUAAAGUGGGAGCAGCAAUGAAAAGUCUUCAAAGGAGAAUUUAUUCUCAUAAAGGUAUUCAUUUGGUUCAAUUAUUUCAUUUUUCCUCAGCAGACCCUUGAUUUAGUUUUCAAGAGAUUCUAGCCAUGUGGAAAUCAAGAGAUUUAAUUUGUAUUAUGGGUACUCCUUCAGUACAUUUUAAAUAAACUUCUUUCCAUUGAUGUUUCACUUUUGAUAUGACAUUAAUCUAUGUCGUCAAGCCACGAAUGAAACAUCUGGAAUCUCCUAUGGAGUCAUGAUUUUGCAGAGAAAAGAACGAAGUCACUAUCAUACUAAAUGAAAUGCUUGGAGAUUGUGACGAAGGAGCAUGUCGCAAAAUAAUGCAGAUUUUAUCAAUGGAAAAACUCAGAUUCCAUAUUUUUUUUCUAUUGUUUCCCUCCUUCAUAUGGUGUACUAUGCAUUUAUGCAAUUCAACAAUCACCCAAUUAUGGAAUUACCUUGUACGAUAAUGUUUUUAAGUAAGGGUUCUUUGACAUGCCAUUUGUUAGAAGUCAGUAGUUCCUAAUUAUUUAUUUCUCAAGUAUUAGAUUUAAAUAAUUUUGAGACCAGAAGCAUACAUGUUCAUUUAGCCAUUUAGGCCUAUUGUGUAAUUUGCACAUUUGCUUAACAGAAGUGAAGACAUGGCUUUACUAACAAAGAACACCAUGAUUGUCAAGUUAUAAAUUGCUAAUUUGUGAACAUAAACUGGUGAAUUGAUGAGCUAACACAGGGUUAACUGUAGUGUUGAUUGGUGAACUGUAAUUGUAAUCGAGUGGACUGUUAACUUGUGAUCUGUUCAAGCAAAUGUUCGAUGAAAGCAAUAAACUGUGAAUUGUU